AUGUCCCAAAAACAACAAAUUCUUGAUAAACAACUACAAAAUUAUUAUUAUGAUGGACAUUCUGUUCGGCAAUUUCAGCAAGUACAACAUUCGCAGGUUCAAAAUUCCGAACAGCGACAAAUUUAUGCGCAACAAAUUAAUAAUCCAACCCAGCAAAUUUUUCAACAACAAAUUCAACAAACUCAACAAACUCCAAAUAUUGAUCAAGAAAUCAUUCCAUUCGAUAAUUCAUUAUCAAUUAUUGCAACAAGUCCACCAUUUCAAAAAGUGACUGGUAUCAAUAACAAUAAUGACAUGCUAUCAGCGCAAUCUUUACCACAACAACCCCACCAAUUAGUUUAUGUUAAAAGUAGCUCGCAUACAUCGUCUUCACCUUCGACUAAUAACGAUAUUAGUAAUAAUUGUCAUCAAUAUAAUCGCGAUUUAAAUUUAAAUGUUUCUACAUUAAAUUUAUACCCAAAAGAUAAACGUAAAGGAGAAAUAUCAUCUCAUUAUCUUAUACAAAAAGCCCAGGAUUUUGUUGCUUCUAGAUUAUAUAAGCAGAGCCUUGUUGUAAAAAUGGGCUAG